GGCGUGGUGCUCUGCAUGUCUGGUAAGUGAGGUAAGGAGGAGCAUGGGAGCAUGUGUGCAGUUCACUCCCUUAGCGGCAGCACCCACUGUGGUUCUGGCUUGUGGCUCGGGUGUGGUCAGUGGAAAGUGUGUGGCACGGCAGUCGGUGCUCAAGUUCCCAAACUGGCGUAUCGUAUAAUGGAACCGGCCAGAGCCGUGCGCGCCGGCUCUGGUUGGGAGUCCCCUCCUACGACGCUUUCGUAAGCGGAAUUUGAGUCUUGGGCCGCCCGUGCACUUUCCACUGCCCCUCCUCGCACCACAAGGCAGAGCCAUGGGGGGUGCUGUUUCCGAAAGGGAAUUCAACCGCCCUCCCCUGUCUUUCUCUCAUGUUGCCUUGGAGCUUCACCCCCUUACUGAGAGAGAGCACAGUAUGGGGGGCUGCAACCCCCAGAGUAAGAUGAGGGAGCGGCGAUGCAACUGUCGCCUGAGUAAGUUGAGUGAGUGGCAGGGAGAGAGGGGAAUGGGGGCCUGAAACCCCCAGGGUGAGCUGAUUGAAGCUGGUUGAGGGGCACUGGAGGGCGGCGGCAUCUACUACAACCAGAGUAAGUUGGUUGAGAGGGAGAGGAGAAAGCGGGCCUGAACCCCCCUGAGUAAGUUGAGUGAGAGGGAGAGGAGAAAGGGGGACUGAACCCCCCUGGGUAAGUUCAGUGAGGGGCAACGGAGGGGGGCUGAACCCCCUCCCCCACGGGGUAGGUGGAGUGAGAGGGAUUGGAGGAAGGGGGGCUGAAACCCCCAGAGUAAGUUGAGUAAGUGGCGGAAGAGGGGCGGUGAAAACCCCAUGGUUGAGAGCAAGGCAGUGAGCGGGAUUGAACCCGCAUUGGGGGUUUCAGACCCCGAGUUACGAGGUGAGGCAUGGGAGGGGGUUUCAUACCCCGAGUUACAAGGUGAGGCAAGGGAGGGGGUUUCGGACCCCAAGGUACAAGGCGAGGCAAGGGAGGGGGUUUCAGACCCCAAGUUACGUGAGGCCAGGGGGGGGUUUUCAGACCCCAAGUUACAAGGUGAGGCAAGGGAGGGGGUUUCAGACCCCAAGUUAAAAGGUGAGGCAAGAGAGGGGGUUUCAUACCCCACGUUACAAGGUGAGGCAAGGGAGGGGGUUUCGGACCCCAAGGUAGAAGGUGAGGCAAGGGAGGGGGUUUCGGACCCCAAGGUACAAGGUGAGGCAGGGGAGGGGGUCUCAGACCCCAAGUUACAAGGUGAGGCAAGGGAGGGGGUUUCAGACCCCAAGUCACAAGGUGAGGCAAGGGAGCAGGUUUCAGAUCCCGAGUUAUAAGGUGAGGCAAAGGAGGGGUUUUCAGAAACCCAAGCUACAAGGCGAGGCAAGUGAGGGGGUGUCAUACCCCAAGUUACAGCGUGAGGCAAGGGAGGGGGUCUCAGACCCCAAGUAACAAGGUGAGGAAAGGGAGGGGGGUUUCAGACCCCAAGUUACAAGGUGAGGCAAGGGAGGGGGUUUCAGACCCCAAGGUACAAGGCGAGGCAAGGGAGGGGGUUUCAGAUCCCAAGACCCCAAGUUACAAGGUGAGGCAAGGGAGGGGGUUUCAGACCCCAAGUUCCAAGGUGAGGCAAGGGAGGGGGUUUCAGACCCCAAGUUACAAGGUGAGAGACAUGUUAGGAUGUUUCGGACCCUAAAUUACAUUAUGAGGCAAGAGAGGGGAGUCUCAGACUCCAAGUGCAAGUUACACCACAACUACAAGUUUAGUGGGAAGGGUGGGCUUCGGAAUUCAUCUCACACCUCGACUGGUUGAGUGGGAAGGGUGGGCUUCAGACUUCAACUCACACCCCGACUGUAAGUUGAGUGGGAAGGGUGGGCUUUAGAAUUCAUCUCACACCCCGACUGUAAGUUGAGUGUUAAGGGUGGGCUUCAGACUUCAACUCACACACCGACUGUAAGUUGAGUGGGAAGCUGGGGUCUCAACCUCCCUCUCUCGCCUAUCAAUCGGCCUGAUUUUCAACCCGUGUCCCUUGUCCUGCCCUCACAAUAUAUUGGGGGUAUCAACCCCCCUUCGCUGCCACUCCCUCACCACCACCCUCUCCUCUUGCUGGUGCUGGUGGUGGUGAUGAUGGGAGUUGAUGGUCAUGGUAAGGAUGGGCCAUGUCCCGUGUACCGUAAUCCCCCGUAUAUAACACCCGUCGAAAUAGUCAUUCCGUGGGUGGUUUAUGCAGGGGAGAGCUUAUGAUAGUGUGCAUUUUUUAGAGCACCCGCUUUUCGAGGGCUGCAUUUUACAUAACACCCUGCUCGUUUUAUGUCGUUUUUUGUCGUUUUUCAAGGUUUUACAGUAUUCCGUCGUUUUUCAAGCUCCUCUCGAUUGAAAAAAAAAAGCAAGAUGAAAAAUGCAAUGUCAACUACCGUAUUCCCCCGUAUAUAACACCCUAGAAUAUUGCCAAAAUUUCAUUAAAAAAAAAGCAUGGGUGUUAAGAGUAGGCUGGAAAAAUAUAACGUCCAUGUCUUAUGUAAAAUGCAAAAUGAAUUUGGGUUGUAACGGGCUCUAUCAGAAGCAUGAAACACAAUGUAGCUUUUAGUGAGGUUUGAAUGACAGCCACUCACCUCCACUAGGACCAGCUUGUCACUUAUGUGUUGGCAUUCUGUAUUUGUGGCCAAUCGGAACUUAUAUGUUUUUGAAUCCUGAGAAUCUCAGACUUCGCAGUUUGCGGAUACUGAGUUUUCAGAGCGCAGCGCGUACGGACCCCGAGACACACAUACUAGUACUGCACCUCCCUGCCCUCACCCAAAAAUUUCGUCGAAGUCCCCAAGGGCCAGAGUCAAGUCCUUUCACACACACCCCGCCCCGCAACCUAAAAAAUCCGGCUAAGUCCUAGCAGCCUGAGAUAGUUCCCUCCAACACAUUUCUUCCCUACUCGCCUCGCAGCCCCAGAAAUUCGACCAAGUCCCCACAGACAGACACACCCCUCCCACACCUCUUGCAACCCUGAAAUUUCGGCUAAGUCCCCACAGCAAUAAAUAUCCCUCCCUCAGCUCCCGCAACCCGGAAAAAUCGUCGAAGUCCCUUGCAGCCAUAAAAAAAAUCCUUUCAC